AGGAGUACUUGCUUACUGUGCAGUGUAGUGUAGUGGUUUUGUCAUCGUGCGAACUUAAACACACAGGCUUCAGACACAAAAGGAGGAACUGCUCAGAACUAAAAAAAGAGCUCAUAAACUCUGCAGAAAAAAUCAGAGAGAUAGAGAGAGAGUGUGAGGGGUUAUUAAAUUGAAGGAGCAUCAGAGGGUUGCAGAGAGAAAGAGAGGGGCAUGGCGGCGUUUGCAGUGCAGCGAUAGCUGUAAAAAACUGUGCUCGGGUCAGGUGCAGAACAAUGGCGGGUUUGUUCUCAUUAGGCGGAGGGAGAGGGAGUAACAACAACCAGCAAGACAACACUACCAACAACGAGAUUCCUGCAGCCGAGACCCUAUUCUGGUACAGCAAAACCGACGACGUUUCAUCCUACCGAGGGUUCGAGCUAUGGAACCAGCAGCAGGAGCAGCAUGUGAUGCAACCGCAUGCGCGCCCUCUCCUGCAGCGAGAUCUUUACUCCUCCGGUGUGGGACCCAGCCGAGGCGUCUCCGAUGAUCACUCCUCGUCUAGAUCAGCCUUUGUUGCGAUGCGCGCGGCGGAGGGUGGAAUAAGCUGCCAGGACUGCGGGAACCAAGCCAAGAAAGAUUGUCCACACAUGCGGUGCAGAACGUGCUGCAAGAGCCGCGGCUACGAGUGCCAAACCCAUGUCAAAAGCACUUGGGUUCCCGCUUCCAAACGUCGUGAGCGUCAGCAACAGCUCGCUGCCUUGCAAGAGCAACAGCAACAACAGAGAGACCUUUCCAAACGGCCAAGGGACCCAACCGCUUGCACUCGUUUACCCUCGUCAGAAGGGUUAGAAGAAGGGCAUUUUCCAUCUGUGGUGAGUUCUCCCGCUGAGUUCAGGUGCGUGAGGGUUAGCUGCGUGGAGGAUGCUGAUGACAGGUAUGCAUAUCAAACGGCUGUGAACAUUGGGGGACAUGUGUUCAAAGGAAUCCUUUAUGACUAUGGUCCUGAGAAUAGCAAUAAUAAUAACAGUAAUAAUAGUAAUAAUUACAUGGCCGGGGAGACCUCUGCUGGUGUUGGUGUUGCUGGGGCUCAUCAGCCCUUGAACCUCACUGGUUCUGGCGUUGUCACUUCUUCUGGGGCACUUGUUGAUCCUUCCUCCUUGUAUUCCGCUCCGGUCAACACUUUCAUGGGUGGCAGUGGUACGCAAUUCUUCCCUCACACAAGAUCUUGAAAAAGGAAAAACAAUAUGGGGAUUAUGCGGAUUCUAUUCCACAUACUUCUCUUUCACCAACUUUGUGUUUCUAUCAUUUGAUGUUAUUGUUCUUCAGAACGAGGCCUAGAGGUAAAUUUGACACUCAUAUUGAUGUGAGAGAGAAAGAAAAAAAAGAAAAGACAGGAGAGAACAAGAGAAAAUAUAUAUAUGGAUGUUUUUUUUUUGUGCAAAUUAUCAAUGGUUAGUUCAAAAAUAGAUCAUUCUUCUUCUCCUUGUUGCAAACCAGCUAAAGUUAUUUGUUUCGUAGCUUUGUACGAUAUAAGGACACAUCUGGUUCUAAUGUUGUAGUUUGGUGUAGAGUGUCUUCUUUUGUUUGAUCAGUUGCAAUAUUAUAGUAUUUUAUUAUUUA